AUGUGGGAUAUCAUUUCACCUCUCAUUAAAGGAAUUCAAGAUGACCUUACAGAUGAAUUAAAAUAUCUUAAACUUAAGCAUGAAGUUAAAGAUUGUCAUGAACUUAUUGAAAGGCUGGCCGCAAGAGCCAAACUUGACCCUUUAAGCAUGGAAUUUUCUCAGCAUCUUGAUAAAAACGAUAAACUAAGUCACCUGAGAGAGGAAUUUAGUAUUCCAAAAUCGGGCGAUGUUACCCUCAAUGGUGUUGUGUCAAAGAACCCUAAUGAACCUAGUUUGUAUUUUUGCGGUAAUUCUCUUGGUCUAAUGCCAAAGCGCGCAAGGAUAUUAGUGAAUCAAGAAAUUGACGU